CGUACCAAAAUUUUAUCUCUUUUAGGCAGGAGAAUAUAUCCCGAUUUUCUUUACUUCAGUUAGGCCUUGUAAGUUUUUUGUUGUGAGGUAGUUCCUCAUUUUAUAAUACUGUUUGCUUCUAAUCUGAAUUAAAACUAGCUGUAGCUUAAUUGGAGGUUAAUUUGCAAUUAAAUACUUGAUUGAAUUCUUGAAGAAAUGAAAAUAACACGAGAGGAAGCAAUAUGUAUGCUUUAUGGCAAAGAAUAUAGCGACAAAAAUGCCGCCGAACUUUUGAAAACAAUUGACGAAAAGGAAUUAGAUGUUUGCUAUGAAACUAGUCCUUUAAAACCAGUACUUGCUCCACUUUCUAGAAUUCUUGCUGAACCUCAUCUCUAUAAGAGAUAUAAGCCAAAAAAUGAUAAAUAAAAUUAAUGAUACUCAGGAAAGGUUUAAACGAGAAGUUUACUAUAGUUAUAGCGUUGAAUUUAAUAUAAUAAAAAACAAUAGCUAAUGCCUAUCAUAGUUUAA